GACGGCGUACGCUUCACAUUUCUCCCAAAUUAACAAUACGCAGCCCCAAUACUUCAGCUUUUCUUGUUCCCCACUCUUUCAAUUCUUCAUUCUCCUUCAGCCAUGGCCGCCGCGAUGGUGCUCGACCCGAAACCUUCCCAAUCCCAACCACCACCCACCCGGCCCGUACCCGAAUCGGACGCAUCCUUCUCCGCCGACCCGGAUGAGGAUCUGUACUCCCGGCUAAAGACGCUGCAACGGCAACUGGAAUUCUUCGAGAUACAAGAAGAAUACGUGAAAGACGAGCUGAAAAAUCUCCGCCGCGAGCUGCUGCGCGCACAGGAGGAGGUGAAAAGGAUCCAGUCGGUGCCCCUCGUCAUCGGUCAGUUCAUGGAGAUGAUCGAUCAGAACAACGCCAUAGUCGGGUCGACUACGGGUUCCAAUUAUUACGUCCGGAUCCUCAGCACUAUCAACCGUGAGCUCCUCAAGCCCUCCGGUUCCGUCGCGUUGCACCGUCACUCCAAUGCCCUCGUGGACGUCCUGCCUCCUGAGGCCGACUCCAGUAUUUCGCUCCUCAGCCAAUCUGAGAAGCCUGACGUUACUUACAACGAUAUUGGAGGAUGCGACAUUCAAAAGCAAGAAAUCCGUGAAGCUGUGGAGUUACCUUUGACACAUCAUGAGCUGUACCAACAGAUUGGCAUAGAUCCUCCUCGUGGCGUGUUGCUCUAUGGCCCGCCUGGCACUGGGAAAACCAUGCUUGCCAAGGCUGUUGCGAACCACACUACUGCAUCCUUCAUCAGAGUUGUUGGCUCAGAAUUUGUUCAGAAGUACUUAGGAGAGGGUCCGCGAAUGGUUCGUGAUGUUUUUCGACUUGCAAAAGAAAAUGCACCUGCAAUUAUUUUCAUUGAUGAGGUAGAUGCAAUUGCUACAGCUAGAUUUGAUGCUCAAACUGGAGCUGAUCGAGAGGUUCAGCGAAUUCUCAUGGAACUUUUGAAUCAGAUGGAUGGAUUUGACCAGACAGUUAAUGUGAAGGUUAUCAUGGCGACGAACCGAGCCGACACUUUGGACCCUGCCCUUCUACGUCCGGGAAGACUUGAUCGUAAAAUUGAGUUCCCUUUGCCAGAUAGACGUCAAAAGAGGCUCGUCUUUCAGGUCUGCACUGCUAAAAUGAAUUUAAGUGAUGAGGUAGAUUUGGAGGACUAUGUGUCUCGGCCAGAUAAAAUCAGUGCAGCUGAGAUUGCAGCUAUUUGCCAAGAAGCAGGUAUGCUUGCUGUAAGAAAGAAUCGCUAUGUUAUACUCCCCAAAGAUUUUGAGAAGGGUUACAGAUCCAAUGUGAAGAAACCUGACACUGAUUUUGAGUUCUACAAGUGAUUUAGUGAGCUAUGGGGGAAAAUGUUAGACGUAUGCAUUCUCUUGCCCUUUGAUUACUGUGUUGAACAAUUAAAGGAGAAAGAGAAGAAUUUCUGGAUUCUGUUAGACAACCAAAUUUUCAGUCAAGUGUUUGUCGCUAAACUGUAACUUCUAUUAUCUAUGAAGUAGUUGCUUCAUGGAUCAAUUAUUAUCCAUUAUAUUUCACAAAAGCAGACACUCUUUGCAUAUUUCAA